AUGGAAUCAGUGGCUGUCGACGAUGAGCUGAUUUGUGCUGUUUGUCGUGACACUUUUGUUCAACCUGUGACUCUGCCUUGUGGACAUAACUACUGUGAAGAAUGUGUCAAUCUGCUGAAAAGAUCUGCUGAUGGAGGCUGUCAGAAAGCCAGAGAGACCAGGUCCCUCUUCUCCUGUCCCCUGUGCCUGGCGCCCUGUGAAACCGGGAUUGACCUGAAGAAGAAUUCGGUUCUGUGCAACAUCAUUGAAAAGCUCCAUGGAGGGCGGGCGAAGGGUGUAGCCUGCACUGUGUGCAAAGGCCAGGAGCCGCUGCCUGCAGAGAGAAGCUGCAUCCACUGCGCAGAGUCCUACUGCACCGUUCACAUUAUCCCCCACCUGGAGAAUGAAUUCCUCCGCAAACACAUGCUGGUGGAGCCCAGGCCAGACGCAGGCAGACUGUGCAAACAGCAUGGGAGGGAAGUGGAGCUUUACUGCGAGACAGACUGCGCACUCCUGUGCGUGUACUGCAUGCUGCCCUCAGAGAACCCUCAUCUGAAUGGUCAUAAUGUUGUGAAGUUAGCAGACGCCAUGAACUCUGUGAAGGAGGCUUUCCAGGUCAAACUGGGCGGCAUCAGAGACAGCCUGGCUGAAAUCACAGAUGGGCUGCAGAAGCUGGAAGAGGCUGCUUCCGUUUCAAAGGACAGACUGACCAAUCAGCAGCAGGAGUACUCAGGAUUUCUGCGCAGAGUCAGGAUGUUUGUUGAGGUGGAGGAGAAGGCGUGGCAGAAGAGGCUGGCUGUUGCCAUGGUGGCAGAGAGCAGGAGGAUGGAGGAGCGAAUGGAGAAGCUGCAGCAGCUGAGGAUGAAUGCAGACCGCAGUGCAUUGUGGGCAGAGAGGGAGGCGCAGAGCAGAGAGCAGGCCUCUGACUCCCAGAGCAGCUGCUGCUGUGCUCUGGGCUCCGCAGGCUUCAGCCGAGGAGCACACUACUGGGAGGUGGAGGUGAGGGGCAUCCCCUCCUGGGCCCUGGGCAUUUCCUGUGGGAGUGGGCACACACACGUGGAAAACAGCGCCUCCUGCUGGGUACUGAUCUACAGUCAGCGCAGACAGCAGUUCUGCACACAGCACCAUGGCCAAACCUCCUGCUUUGCUGCCAGCAGAGUCCCGGUUAAAAUAGGGCUGUUUCUGGAUGUGGACAGCGGGAUACUCAGCUUCUACGAUGCAGAGCUGCUCCAGGGCCUCUACACCUUCUACUGCCAAUUAAACCCCCCCGCGUACCCACUGUUCUGUCUCUGCCUGGACAGAGACGGCACACUGACCAGCACCCUGCCUCAGGAGAUGAGAAUUCUCACUCCAGUGACUAAUCUGUAG